UACAGUCACAAUCGCAAGCUUCAUGUCAAUUGUCAAUGUCAACCAUGAUGUCAUGUCAACAAAGGUGGAAAAUGUGCAAAAUGCAAAAUACCAAUGAUGGAAGGAAGUAACAUUAACAUUUACUGCCCAAAUUUUUGAGUGUAUUUUCACAGUAAGAUAAUCGUUGUAAAUAAAAUGAUGUGCGAAGAACAAUAGUCCUUUCAACAACGAUUUGUUUGGCAGGUCCCGAUUUUGUUGUGGCAUUAUAGUGUUGUGCGGUUAAAUAAAAAGUAUUCAGGGGAUUUAAGUAGAAAUUGGGGACUGUGGAGCAGAAGCUGGAAGCUUCAUGGAAUAUUGAUUUUUGUGGUUGACAUUCUUUUUACAAAACGGUUAUUUACGUUGACUUGGAAAUGCAAUGUGUUGUAGGUUGUGAAUGCGAUUGUAAUGUAACAAAACAAUCCUAACCUAUUUUGGUUUUUUGUUAUGGUUUUGUUGGUACCGAAAAGAAUAAAAAAAAAUGAUUUUCUUUAAACCGUCGUGGGUAACACAUGAAGUCAAUAAGCCUAUAUUCUCCGUGGAUAUUCACCCAAAAGGGGGUCGCUUUGCCACAGGCGGCCAGGGAGGAUCUGGUGGUAGAAUAGUAAUUUGGAAUAUCGCACCAGUUCUUUCAGAAAAUGAGGAAAAUGAUCCAAAAAUCCCAAAGAUGUUAUGUCAAAUGGACAACCAUUUAGCUUGUGUGAAUGUUGUAAGAUGGAGUAAUGAAGGGCACCUGCUUGCAUCAGGUGGUGAUGAUAAACUUGUCAUGAUUUGGAGACUUACAAGUGAAGGAAGUUCUUCAAUUUUCGGAAGUGGUAAAGUUAAUGUUGAGACAUGGAAAUGUGUUUACACAUUAAAUUCUCACAAUGGGGAUGUUUUGGAUCUGGCUUGGGCACCGCAUGAUGGAUGGUUAGCAUCUGGAAGUGUAGACAAUACUGUAAUAAUAUGGAAUGCUCAAAAGUUCCCAGAAAAGGUGGCAGUCUUAAAAGGACAUACAGGCAUGGUUAAAGGAGUUACUUGGGAUCCUGUGGGAAAAUAUAUUGCGAGUCAAUCAGAUGAUAAAUCAUUGAGAAUAUGGCGAACUUGUGACUGGAUGCAGCAGGAGCUAGUGAAAGAUCCAUUUGUUGAUUGCUCGGCAACUACACAUGUAUUACGAUUGUCUUGGUCACCAGAUGGUCAAUAUCUUGUAUCUGCACAUGCCAUGAACGGAGGAGGUCCAACGGCACAAAUUAUAGAAAGAGAAGGUUGGAGGCAAGAUAAAGAUUUUGUGGGUCACAGAAAAGCGGUAACAUGCGUCCGAUUCAAUUCGAAUAUUUUGAAAAAAAUGUCACCCGGAAGUCCGAAAAGUCAACAGUACUGUUGUUGUGCCAUAGGUUCACGAGAUAGAUCUAUAAGUGUUUGGUUAACAUCUUUAAAAAGACCAUUAGUUGUUAUUAAAGAUUUAUUUGACGAUAGUGUGUUGGAUAUUUCCUGGAGUAGCAAUGGUUUGUAUCUCUUUGCUUGUUCGUGGGAUGGCAGUGUAGCGUGCGUUAUUUUUGACCAAAAAGAAAUUGGAAUACCUUUAUCAAUUAAAGAAAAAAAUGACCUAUAUGAACGAAUUUAUCACAAAUCUCUGCAAAAAAGUUGGAAUCUAAGUUUUAGUGGAACACAAAUUGUUGAAAAUCCUGAAUUAUUAACUGCCAUUGAUAAAAUAAAUGAAACAAGUAACACUGCCAGUGUUAGUUGUGAAUUACCAGAACCAGCGUCAAAAGAUGUGUCAUUUGAGUCUCCAAAAGUUAGUACCAGCAUUUUGGUUGCAGCUAAUAAACAGGUUGAAACAAGAUUGCCGUCUGGUAAAAGACGUAUUACACCAAUGUUACUUACAUCAGUUCCAACGAGUAAUUCAAAUGAAGCAAUUAAUAUUACUGCAAGUUUUAGAACCAAUUUAGAAGUUCCUCCCAAAGAAAGUACAUCUUUUAGUAGCUCUUCUCCAACGAAGAGUAAAAUUGUUGUUGAAACUGUAACAGAUCAGAGGAAGCAACCAACAUUUGGUGGUUCAUCCGUGAAAGCUUAUUCAGUGGUGAAUGAAACAAAUAAAUUAAUGGGUACUCCCCCAGGAACUCAGAUUAAUCAGCUGACGUGUUGUGAGGUACCAGGGGAUCAACCUAUUGUUCAGUUUAUUAAUAUAUUGGAUCCUUUAAAGUUGCCUUCAGGCGUCGCAGUGACAAAACAGGCUGGAAAUAUAAAAAUUCAGGUAACUAAUAACUGCCAUAAAACGUCCAAAGGUUCUUUAGCAGGUAUUGAAGUUUAUAAAAAUAUGAAUGAUAAGGAACCAAACUGGGAUACAUACUUAGGUUCAACAGUAAGGUGUUUAGCCGCCAACAGAAAGUUUAUUGUAGCGUGCUGCGAAGAUCUUAGUAUUAAUUGCUAUGAUAUUAAAUCUGGCGCUCGUCCACUACCACCUAUAAUCAUUGAAGAUGUUGUAUCAUCCAUUAGUCUUUCACAAAACAGUUAUUGCUUAGUUUUAACAAAAACAGGUUUAUUAUAUAUGUGGAAUUGGGAAAAUUGCAAAAGCAUUUUAAGUCGGGUGUCAAUCAGAAGUUUACUGAGUGGUAAAGGUGUAGUCAACAGUUGUGGUUUAAGUUCGUCUAACUUACCUGUAAUUACAUUGACUGAUGGGCGUGCGUAUUCGUAUGUCAGUGAUCUACAGACAUGGGUACAAUUAUCAAAUCCACUUGAUCCCAUAAGUCGGGUUGGAGGAAGUUUUACAAAGCGGAUGUCACCACACCUACCAUUAGCAUCUUUGCAAAAAGCUAUACCAUUUCAUAAUUCUCAUGAUGCAUUGCCUUCAGGUGUUACUUUAAGUUUUCUUGAAUGCCAAAUUAUGGCCAGUUUUACAAUUCACUCCCCUGAUGAAUAUAGGCAUUGGUUGAUUGCAACCGUUAAUUACUUACUUGAUAAAGGUCCAGAAUGCAGACUGCGGUUAAUUCUAGACGAAUUGUUGGGUCCUACAUAUUCAUCGAUGCCUGCUAAAAGAAUCAAAGUGGAUGACAACAUUUUGGGUACAUCUAGGCAUGCUUUUCUUCAGGAAAUUUUAGAAAUCGUAAAAACAAAACUGCCAUGGCAACGCUUAUACAAGGAAUAUAAAGAACAACUUGAUGAAUUACUUUAAAUAUUUGUAUUUUUUCUACAUUACAGUAAAUAAUAAUAAAAAAAACUAUAUA